AUGACAUUUGAGGAAAUGGCCGACAAGUUCGUCACCGCCCAUGUUGGGGCCAAGAAAGCAGAAGCCAGAGUGAAUGAUAUAUUCAUCGUCAAACAAUCGCCUGGCGAAGGGCUCAGGGACUUCCUUGCCUUGUUCAAUAGGGUAAGAAUGAGCAUGACUAACAUAUCAGAAGGGAUAGCAGUAGCGGCCUUUCAAAAUGGGUUAAAUAGGAACGGAUCGAGGGCGACAAGAAAAUUACUAAAUAGACUCAUGAAAUACCCUCCCACCACCUGGGAAGAAAUUCACAAUGCUUACUAUGCCGAGGUGAGAGCAGAUGAGGACGACCUUAAUGGUCCAACCCAACGACUAACGACAGUCCAAAUGGAAUCAAGGAAAGAUCGUCGGAACGACAGCCGAAGAGAUCAAGAAGGUCCACACCUCAACCGGGAAAGGCACCAACCGUACAUCAGAACGACUGCCCUACUACCUCUCCGCCAAGCUGAAGGGUCGUCCAGGCCACAAACGGGAACUCACCAAAAUGAAAGAGGAACGAGGCCACAAGACCGAGGAUUGCAUAGCCUACGACAAGAAGUAAUGAACAUGAUCCACCAAGGACAUUUAAAGGAGCUGAUGAGCGACCGAGGGAGAGCCAAUUUCGCCCGUGGACGAGAACCACAUCAAGGCCCCCCAAAGCUACCCUUCCCCGCCCGCACCAUCCAAAUGAUCAUUGGCGGAGGCGAUAAAGCAACAAUCAACCAUGUGAAGUUCACCACCACACACAAAUUGAAGCAGUCGAUCACCCAUGAACGAUAUGAUGACCUCGAAUACAGUAUCAUCUUUGAUAAGUCAGAUAUCCACGAUUUGACCUUUCCUCAUUUCGAUGCUAUUGUCAUUACUUUACAAAUUUUAGAUACCGAUGUAAAAAGAAUCAUGGUAGACAAUGGAAGCGGCGCGUGUAUUAUCCACUCCAGAAUUUUCACACAAAUGAGACUCGAGGAUGAGAUAGUUCCACGUUGCAUAACAGUAACAGGUUUUAACAAUGCAGUUGAACGAACCUCCGGAGAGAUAACACUGCCCGUUCUAGCCGGGGGCGUCACCCUGGAAACAACAUUCUAUGUCAUGAACCAAGACACAACCUACAACGCCAUUAUAGGGCGACCUUGGAUACACGCCAUGAGGGCCAUCCUGUCCAGUUUAUAUCAAGUCAUCAAGUUCCCUACCCCAUGGGGAAUAUUCAGCAUCCACGGGGAACAACACACAGCUAAAGAAUUCUAUCGCAUCUCCCAAGAUUGCACAUACACUCAACAGUUAAGAGAGGAAGGCUCAGGAGCAUAG